UUAUACCUUGAAGAGCUGGAAGAGUCCUGCAGCUCGAAACCUCGAAGCCGUCUAGUUUCCAGACGAACACAGGGUGACAGACAAGUGAUAACUCUGGAAGUAAACCGAGAGUCCAAGACCUGCACCAAAUGCACCGCUGAUUGGCCCAAGCGAUCGACUGUCAGUGGCCACGAAGCACAAAAGUCCAAAUACACUAUUCGCUCCCAGAUUCUUGGAAAAGUGAGGGGCAACGCUAGGCCUCGGCGGAAGUUGGCUUCGACCAAUAACUGUGAGGCUAAACCGAGAAAAGGCGGUCGAGUGGGGGAAGUGGGCGAAUAAUAAUAGCGGUGACAGUUUACAGUGGUGGAGACUGGGAGAUAUUACGGUGGCAAAGAAAUGAACGAACGAGAAGAGAGGAGAAAGAGAAAGAGAAGACAACCCUAACCCUAAAGAAGACGAGCAUUGGGAGAAUGGGACUGUCGCCCUAAACCUCCACUGUGGUGCGCAUCUUCUCUCACUCGGGUUUUCAUUUCACGGGUCAUCUGCUAGAGCCGCUGCAACUUCCACUUUCUUUGCAGAAGAAAGUGUCAGCUGCGGUGGUGCUCAGCAUUGUCACAGCUUGCGAAGGUCGCUGCCUGGCUUGCAGGAACGAGGUCGCGCCUUUGAGGAGAUCGACGUCUUGCUGAACUUUGUUGGCUGGAUGUUGCUGAUUUGUUAGAUUUCAAUUGUAUUCGAUAACUAAAUCGUCCGGACACCUGAUCGCUUAUCCUGAUGCCGGGAGUUGAGGGCCCAGUAGAGGCCAUGUCGAAGGCUGAUCCCAUCAAAAAGGUGAAGAAGCUGAAAUCUGCAGACAAAGUUGUAGCUCCUUCUCCGUCUCCCUCCGCGUCUGAUUCCGAAAAGAAAAAAAAGAAAAAGGAGAAGAAGGAACAGCUGAAUGGAACGUCUCCACCUAGCCCCAUGGUAGUCGAGAACGGAGUGCACGCGAAUGGGGCCUCUGAGGACAAGAGUUUAAAGAGGAAGAAGAACAAGGUGCUGUCCGACGAGGAGAAGGGUUCCAAAAAGCUGAAGGUUGGAGGAAACAGCGAGGAUGGUGCGGCAGAAGGCGCAGUAGAUCCUCUUGCGGUGACGAAUUUCAGGAUUUCGAAGUCCUUGAGAGAUAAAUUAAAGUCGAAAGGAAUCGAGGCUCUCUUCCCAAUUCAGGCUCAAACUUUUGAUGAUGUAUUCGAUGGCAAGGAUCUAGUUGGUCGUGCACGCACUGGUCAGGGAAAAACACUUGCAUUUGUGCUUCCAAUUCUGGAGUCUCUCACCAAUAACGCCGAAUUCAAAGCAAACAAGAGGGCUUACGGGAGGUCACCCAGUGUCAUUGUGCUGACUCCCACACGCGAGCUAGCCAAGCAGGUGCACUCUGACUUCGAGUUCUACGGUCAGUCUGUCGGUUUGACCACAGUCUGUGUAUACGGUGGCGCACCGUACCCUCCUCAGGAGAAUGCGUUGCGCAGGGGUGUAGAUGUGGUUGUGGGCACUCCCGGACGAAUCAAGGACCAUUUUAACAGGGGAUCCUUGAACUUGAAGACAUUGAAAUUCCGUGUUCUCGAUGAAGCUGAUGAGAUGUUGAACAUGGGAUUCGUAGAUGACGUGGAGACUAUUCUCGGGGGUGUUGAAGACGCUACUACUGUUCAGACAUUGCUAUUUAGCGCAACCAUGCCGGAAUGGGUGAAGCAGAUUGCGUCGAGAUUCUUGAAGCCAGGCAAGACAACUGUCGAUCUUGUUGGAGAUGAGAAGAUGAAGGCAAGCGCUGCAGUGAAGCAUUUAUUGAUGCCCUGUGUUUACUUCGCAAGAGCUCAGGUGGUUGCGGACAUUAUCAGUUGUUAUGGAAGUGGUGGGCGUUGCAUCGUUUUCACGGAAACCAAGAAUGACGCAUCCGAGUUAGCAGGUGCUCUCAGUCAUGGAGUCGCCCGGGCACUUCACGGGGACAUAUCUCAAGCUGUUCGUGAGCAAACACUGGCCGCUUUCCGUUCUGCGAAGUUCACUGUGUUGGUUGCGACUGAUGUGGCUGCACGAGGACUGGAUAUUAACGACGUCCAGCUUGUAGUUCAGUGCGAGCCCCCUCGAGAUGCAGAAACUUACAUCCAUCGAUCAGGCCGUACAGGAAGAGCAGGAAAAUUGGGAAUCUCUGUGAUGCUCUACGAUCGGAAGAAGGAGUAUAUGAUUGCUCAAAUUGAGAGAAAAGCUGGGUUCAAGUUUGAACGCAUCGCUGCACCUCAACCGGCUGACAUAGCGAAAGCAUCAGCUACGAGUUCAAUUGACAGUAUUCGAGAAGUGUCAGACAGUGUACUUCCUCUGUUCAGAGUAGCUGCUCAAGAGCUCUUGGACUCCAGUGGCCUAACUGCCGUCGAUGUCAUCGCCAAGGCCCUCGCCAAAAUUUCUGGACACACUGAUGUCAAGAGGCGAUCCUUGUUUACAUCUACGGACGACGCAACAACCCUUUAUCUUCAAGCGGGAUCGACGAUAUAUUCUCCGACAUAUGCCUUCAACUGCCUUAGGAAAUUCCUCUCAGAAGAGUCGAUAGCAGAAGUGAGGCGAAUGCAGCUCACUGCUGACGGGAAAGGAGCUGUUUUUGACGUGCCACCGAAGCUCGUCGAUGAAAUUGUUUCAGGUGCCGGCGAUGAAAACGGUUUCACAAUUGAAGUGUGCGAGAAGCUACCUGAACUUGUAGCCCGUCCCGAAAGCAAUAACCAGUCCCGUGGCUACGGCGGCAGAGGUGGGUAUGGCGGAAGAGGAGGAGGAUAUGGAGGUGGAAGAGGUCGAGGUGGAGGUGGACAACGGAGACAGUGGUAGUUCUGUUUGUGGAUCGUACGUCAUUCGAUUCUAUUCUUUCACCUUCCAAGGUUCUGGAGGGAAGAGAUUUUGCACAUGUCAAGAGGUGUAACAUAUAUGGCGGCAUCAUUUUCUCUCAACUGCGUCGUAGUACACGGUUAGUGUCGGAGAUUAUCGCUUGACAUCUAACUAGGAUAAUCGUUCUGGACGCUCUUCAGAAUGUGAAGUUUUAUAUAAGUCAGAGCAUCUGGAAUUUUCUCAUUUUUCCUCCACCAACUAAAUUAGUUGGAAGUGUUUGUCAUGAUAUUUAGUACUGGUUGUCCUGUCCUAGGUUUUAGUCUGGCCGUUGACCAGGGGUUUUACAAAUUUUUUAUUGAGGACAAGCCACAUGAAACGAGGUAAAUUAUUGACCGCUUCCCACACGGAACGUUUGUCAUGAGGAUUGUAUCGAAGUUUCCUCUCGAUUUGCACAAAACAUCUCCGGUGUUUUCUUCAUAUCGUAAGCAGUAUCAGGGGAGUCUAUCAACACGUCGUGUUGAGACUCAUCAAUAUUAGGUGAUGUUAUACUAUUUCUUAUUGUGUCUUGGUUGAAUAACUCAAGCACAACAGAAUCGAACUUUAAUGCUAGUGAAGACUCCGGAUUGUAGACAGAAAGGUAUGAUGUAUGGAAUAUGGCUCCCCUACUGCAAGGAUU